GUCGUUGUUGUUGUUGUUGUUGUUUGUUAUUCUUCUGUGUAUUUAUGGCGUGAAUCAAGGCUUUGCUGCUGUUCAUAUUUACAAACCCGUCUGCCACCAAUGUCCAACUCAGAAAGCGCCCGCCCGCUCCUGCCGUUCUCAUACAACAACUCCCGUCCUGAAAAUGAGCUCGCGCUGCCUGUCCUCCCCCUCGGCACGCGCAAGCGCGACUAUCCUGCCUCGGAAUCGUCGGACGCGUUCCCGAUCGACUCCUCCACCGACGCGGACGAGAUGACGGAGCAGAUGACUAUCGACGAAGAAGCAGCAGCAGCCUCACUCGGAGGAGGAAAGCCUUCAAACACAAUUUUUCGAAACGAGUUACCUCGCGCCAGCAAACAUGCUCCUCCGUCGUCGUACCUGCGAACAGUCGCGAACGCGCACAAACGCAUAUAUCAAGAACUGCCCCGCACAGACCUGAGCGACGGCCUCAAUGAGGCGUGGGAAAUGGAGCUCCCGUCUUCCCCGCCACGCGACAUGCAGCGGUCGUUUGCAGAAGAGACCUCUGGCGUGCCGGGCCGGAAACGUCGAGGAUCGUUUGACGCCUCUGCGAGCUUUUCCGGCGCCGGGUCGAGUUCGGCCCCGUUCAGCACUCGCGGAGGAGGAGGAGGUCCGCUCAAAGUUCGCGCAGAGUCGAUGCCGAUGCCGAUCACCCACGUUGCCUCGUUUGCGAAGCGGCCUGUUUCGUCGUCGUUUGUGAUGCCGCCGCCGCAGAGUGAAGCGACGAGGCAGGCGAUUAGCAAGAUUAGCUUGGCGGUAGAGGAGUCGCAGGAGAUCAUCGAUCUGUCGGACUUGGGGUUGACGGAGAUUCCACAGGAGAUCAAAGACUUGAAGGACCUGGUGACGAUGAAUGCAAAGGAUGGAACACUGGGUAGUCGCAUCCAAUUGUUUCUGGGCCGAAAUCGGAUCGCAAAGGUCCCGUCAUUUCUGUUUGGCCUUGAAAAUCUCACGGUAUUGAUCCUGCGGACAAACAAGCUCACCUAUCUUCCGCCGGCGAUCGAACGACUAAAGAACCUAGUCGAGCUCGGACUGAACGGGAAUCGACUGGAAUACUUCCCGUCGCAGAUCCUCGAGCUUCGGCAGCUGAAUCUGCUGGCUAUCGAGCCUAAUCCGCUGAUGGCGUGUCCGGCAAUGUACGCUCGCAAGCCGCUGACGUUGGGUGAUAUUGGAUUGGACGAGAGGAAAAGCGACUUGGUUUUCGCGUCCUGCGCUGUAGCGACAAGACCCAAGUGGGUGGACUACAAGUACCGGAACGGGUACGGCAUUAGCUAUGGCUCAGCUCCACCAUUGAGUGAGUUUUGCCUGCGUACAAUCUCGCAGUAUCGGCCGACGCCGAAAGAGCAAGCGGUCUGGGAAUCCUCACUACUGCUCGAGUCUAAGCGGCAGCGAAUAGAGCACGCAUACGAAAUGGCCGAAUUUAGUAAUACCUGUGGCAUGUGUGGCAAGUUUAUGAUUGACCACGUAGCGUAUGCGAUGGAAUGGUGGGAUGCGGUGCUCAAGAAUAAUGGCGUGCCUAUCAGGCGAGAGUUUUGCUCCGCGCGAUGUGUCGGGGUGUGGGAGAAGCAGCUGAGGGGGAAUAACUUGCCCUUGAUAGAGUAUGAGUAGUAAUCGAUCGAGAACGGGUUAUUGGGACUGCAUUUGGGGGCAGGGAGACUGCCAUGAUUGCUUGUGAUUUGUUUUUGGUACAAGUAGUUUUGUUUUUUCUUUUCUGUAUUCUUAUUGUUACCUUUUGGAGGGAUCGCAUUUGUUUUCCUGUUUCUUAAGUCUUGUGGCAUUGGUAUAGUGGUAUAGCUAACAAAAUCA